GCCAGACGCAGCGCGGCUCGGAGCGCGCACGGAGCCUCCCGCCAUGGCCCGGAGCCGCAGGGAGAGGAGCAGCUGGGCAGGUAGCUUUGCGGAGAAGACCUAUGAAUGGAGCUCGGAGGAGGAGGAGUCCGUGAGGAAGGCAGGACCAGUGCAGGUCCUCAUCGUCAAAGAUGACCACUCCUUUGAGCUGGAUGAAGCCGCGCUGAACCGCAUCCUCCUCUCGGAGGCUAUCAGAGAUAAAGAGGUUGUGGCUGUGUCUGUUGCUGGAGCUUUUCGGAAAGGAAAAUCGUUCCUGAUGGACUUCAUGCUGCGAUACAUGUACAAUAAGGAUAUGGUGGACUGGGUUGGAGAUUACAACGAGCCACUGACCGGUUUCUCCUGGAGGGGAGGGUCUGAGCGGGAGACGACUGGCAUUCAGAUAUGGAGCGAGGUUUUCCUGGUGGACAAGCCCGACGGUACAAAGGUUGCGGUGUUGCUGAUGGACACGCAGGGGACCUUCGACAGCCAGUCCACCCUGCGGGAUUCGGCCACUGUGUUUGCCCUGAGCACCAUGAUCAGCUCAAUACAGGUUUAUAACUUGUCCCAGAACGUGCAGGAGGAUGAUCUGCAGCACUUGCAGCUUUUCACCGAGUACGGCCGGCUCGCCAUGGAGGAGACGUGCCUGAAGCCUUUCCAGUCCCUUAUAUUCCUUGUUCGCGACUGGAGCUUCCCGUACGAGUUCCCCUACGGCUCGGACGGCGGCGCCAGGUUCCUGGAGAAGCGGCUGAAGGUCUCGGGGAACCAGCACGAGGAGCUGCAGAACGUGCGGAAGCACAUCCACUCCUGCUUCACCAACAUCGCCUGCUUCCUCCUGCCGCACCCCGGCCUCAAAGUAGCCACCAACCCCCACUUCGACGGCAAACUGAGAGAAAUCGAUGAGGAGUUCAUCAAGAACCUGAAGGUCUUGAUUCCCUGGCUGCUUCGGCCUGAGAGCCUGGACGUCAAGGAGAUCAACGGCAACCACAUCACCUGCCGCGGCCUCGUCGAGUACUUCAAGGCGUACAUAAAGAUCUACCAAGGGGAGGAGCUGCCGCACCCCAAGUCCAUGCUGCAGGCCACCGCGGAAGCCAACAAUUUAGCAGCAGUGGCCACUGCCAAGGACACCUACAGCAGGCGGAUGGAGGAGGUCUGUGGCGGGGACAAGCCCUUCCUGGCCCCGAGCGACCUCCAGAGCAGACACAUGGAGCUGAAGGAGGAGGCGGUGAAGCUCUUCCGGGGGGUGAAGAAGAUGGGUGGGGAGGAGUUCAGCCGCCGCUACCUGCAGCAGCUGGAGACCGAGAUAGACGAGCUCUACAUCCAGUACAUCAAGCACAACGACAGCAAGAACAUCUUCCACGCCGCCCGCACCCCUGCCACGCUCUUCGUGGUCAUCUUCAUCACUUACGUGAUAGCCGGUGUGACCGGCUUCGUUGGCUUGGACAUCAUAGCCAGCCUGUGCAACAUGAUCAUGGGCUUGACGCUUAUCACACUGUGUACCUGGGCAUAUAUCAGGUACUCGGGGGAGUACAGAGAACUGGGCGCAGUAAUAGACCAAGUGGCCGCAGCGUUAUGGGACCAGGGAAGCACAAAUGAGGCGUUGUACAAACUGUAUAGUGCAGCUGCAACUCACAGACAUUUGUAUCAUCACGCCUUCCCUGCACAGAAAUCAGAGUCUACCGAGGGCUCAGAAAGGAAGAAAAUGUAAGCCCGAAGUUCUCCUGUCCGUGCAUGAACGAGGCGCAUACAUCUAAUCGUCAGUGAAAUCCUCAUCGGUGUAUCCUUCACAAGAUCCUGCUGCGGAGCAGGGAGAGUGAAGAACAAUUCACUUGUAAGAUGGCUCUAUAUGUUCAUUUUACUUUGACAACAUGCUGUUUGAUGGGAAGAUGUAGGCAUGUUUAUCAUUUUGUUAAUAUGUACAUACUUGUUUUGCUGCAAAUACAAAGUGCUUUUAAUUUGUACUAUCAAGUGUAAUUCUCAGCUAAUUUAUGAAAUCUUAUAUUCACAUUUUUAAUUAGUAUUUCAUGAUCAUGCACAUGAUACUGCAACAAAAUACUUCCAGGCAAACCCUAGCAUUAUUCAAAGGGCAACUUAUUUUCAGAUACUUGAACAAGUGUAACAUGUAAUCAAGGUUUUUCUUCAAUUAACUUUAGCUCACAUCUCCCAUGAGCCACUUAAUUACAUCAACAAAAUAAAAAGGUGUUAACUUGCUUUAUCAGGAAUCGUACGGACACUUCUGCUACAGUAUAUUAAUGAUAUUGUAAGGAAAGCAUACAUUUUUGUUCCUAACUAAUGCACAAAAUAUCACUUUGUACAUGUAUUUGAGAAAGUUUCACUGUAUUUCUGUAUAUAUUCAUUAUAGUGCAUAGAAAGUGUGUUCAACAGUUCUAUUCUUUUAUCAUCAAAACUAUUAAAGUUUGC